CCCUGCUCCCCAAUGAGGCUUAACAGGUUGGUGGUAUAAUUUGGGGACUUUACGGGGUGUCACACUAGGAGCUGAGGCAGGAGCCUGGGCGCCGCCCUCCCACUGCCCGGGCGCUGGCCAGCUGGGUUGAAAAGCGGGAAGGAGGAAGGAAGGGGUCAGAAGUGGGCAAGGUGCUGACAGCUCUCCGCAAAGUUUGAGAGGGCCGGUGCCAUGAGUGAGCUGGGCACGCCGAGGACCAGCGACGGCACCGUCUCCCGCCUGCUCCAUGUGGUGGAGAGUGAGCUCCAGGCGGGCAGGGAGAAAGGAGACCCCACCGAGAAGCAACUUCGCAUCAUCCUGGAGGACGCUCCCCUCUGGCAGAGGUUCAAGGAGGUCACUAAUGAAAUGAUCGUGACCAAAAAUGGCAGACGGAUGUUUCCUGUUCUAAAGAUCAGCGUCACAGGACUGGACCCCAAUGCCAUGUACUCCCUCCUGCUGGACUUUGUCCCCACGGACAGCCACCGCUGGAAAUACGUCAACGGGGAGUGGGUGCCCGCGGGCAAGCCAGAGGUCUCCAGCCACAGCUGCGUCUACAUCCACCCCGACUCCCCCAACUUCGGGGCCCACUGGAUGAAGGCUCCCAUCUCCUUCAGCAAAGUGAAGCUGACCAACAAGCUCAACGGAGGUGGGCAGAUAAUGCUGAGCUCCCUGCACAAGUACGAGCCCCAGGUCCACAUUGUGCGCGUGGGAGGCGCCCACCGCAUGGUCACCAACUGCUCCUUCCCAGAGACCCAGUUCAUAGCAGUGACUGCCUAUCAGAACGAGGAGAUAACAGCCCUCAAGAUCAAGUACAACCCCUUUGCCAAGGCCUUCUUGGACGCCAAGGAGAGAAACCACCCCAAAGACCUUCCGGAGGCUGUCUGUGAGAGCCAGCACGUGGCCUACUCUCACUUGGGAGGCUGGAUCUUUUCCAAUCCGGAUGGUGUGUGCACAGCAGGAAAUGCCAACUACCAGUAUGCGACGCCCUUGCCCCUGCCUGCUCCCCACACCCACCAUGGCUGCGAGCAUUACUCGGGGCUCCGAGGACACCGGCAAGCUCCCUACCCUUCUGCGUACAUGCACAGGAACCACUCUCCCUCAGUGAAUUUGAUAGAAAGCUCAAGCAAUAAUCUGCAAGUGUUCUCGGGAGCCGACAGCUGGACUUCCUUGUCCUCCGCUCCCCACGCCAGCAUCCUGUCUGUGCCCCACACCAACGGACCCAUCAACCCAGGGCCCAGCUCCUAUCCCUGCCUGUGGACCAUCAGCAAUGGAGGCGGGGGCCCUGCUGGGUCAGGCGCAGAGGCUCACGGCAGCACCCCGGGAGCCUUUCUCCUUGGCAGCCCAGCCGUGACCUCACCCGCCUCCGGGCUCCCCACCCAAGCUCCAGCUUCAGGCGGUGUGGAGGUCCUGGGGGAGCCCUCACUGACCAGCAUUGCAGUGUCCACCUGGACCGCAGUGGCCUCACAUCCCUUCCCAGGCUGGGGUGGCCCUGGAGGGGGUGGGCGCCACUCCCCCUCCUCUCUGGACAGUUAGGCAGUGUCCAAGGAGCCUCCGUGAGCAGAG